AUUUUUUGCCGCUAGGGGUCUUUGCAAUUCGCAAAUCCAUUCAAAAAUAUUGAAUCAAGCUACGCCCCCUUCCCUUCAAGAGGCAGUGGCAGAACGCAAGGGCUUGGAGCGUUGCUGAUGCACUAACAGUGCGUCGCUUGAAAUAACAUAUCAACCAUGGAGGCCAAUGCGCCACAAAAGGUUUUUGCUAAAACCGCGCAAGAUGUGACUGAAUGCAGCAACGCGUGGAUGCUUUACCUUCAGAAUCUCGCUGGGGUGUGUGCCGCUGGCGCAAGGGUGUCUGCUAGCCUUCAGGUGUUGGCCAACAACCAGCAGCUUAGCACCUCGGCAGGCAGCUGCAGGAAUGCCUGGGAGGAACUGUCCAGGGCGUCGCAGGCUGCUGGACAUUCUGUCAGGGCUGAAGUUUUGACUAGUCUUCGAGAGCUGGCUUCUGAGGACCACUAUAGAAAUGACCAAAUCAUUCAAAGCAGCCUGGCAACCCUGAUAAAUCUGCAGUACCAGUUUUGCAUGGCGUGCGUCGAGUGCCUGGGAAACAUUUCUCAACCAGAGUAUUGCCAGCAAGCGUCACCGAGUAGUGAUAUCGGCCGUCAGAGUCAGAUAUUCAACAGAUUGCUAGGUGGACAAAGACGUUGGUCCGAAGUGGCCAGACGUCCGCCAACAGAGCGAGAGGAAGACUGCGAAGAGGGCAGUGUCGUGCGCAGGUGGUCAGUUCCUUGGGAGAGCACCUCCGUGGUCGUGUCUGGACACCACCACCACCACCUGACCGUUCCCGGACAGGAAAGGAGCAGCCGGUCAACAUCGCCUGACACGUCUUCUUCGCUAGCCAGCCAGGAGGAGUUGCAUGAUGUCAUUUCUUUGCUCUCUCUGAAGUCGGCUUGCACAGGGCAGCAGAACCCUAAAAGUCUGCCUGGAGUCACAUUAACUGGUUGCGGCGUGGUGGAGGGCAGAGAGGGUUGGAAUAACAGUGCCACACUCUUCCCAAGAGAGUCUUCACAAGGUAACUGGUCCCAACCUCCAUUCCCUGAAAGCGUUGAUGUUGGUCCACAAAGCUUGUGCCAAAUCAGAAUAGACACAACACCGCAAAUAUCUCACUUGCAGAGACCUCGACCAGGUUGGACACCACAAGAAUCUUUUUAUUCCACAAUAUGGGGUGAACAAAACAGUGAAAACCAAAAUGGACCUGGAGAGCGGCUAGAUAUGUUGCCACGUGACAUCAACGGAUUGAAUUACCACAGAAAAUCCAGUUCCUCCACUGACUCUUCCUCCUCGAGUUCUCUUCCUCACCAUCCAAUUUUCCAGCAAAACCAAAUUCUGCAGGAGCAGCAGCAGCAACAACGAUCAAGUCCCUUAUACUCUAUGUGGAGUGGAAACGUUAUGCCACUGAUUCAGCUACCCUCUGGUUCGUCUGCUGGACAGCCUGUGAACCAGGACAGCUCGCAAGCGCCAACCAACACUCGUCCAGAUUAGAUUUUAUGUCGCUUAUGGGAAAUUUCGCAUUCACUUUGUUCUCAAGUUAGUCAGACGAUAUAUUCAUUUACACUGCGCGCAUUGUUUGACACAAUCAGCAGCCAGAGGCUGCAAAAUCCUAGUUUAGUUAACACAAUUGUGAAGUUUUUCGGCUGCUAAUUUUUAGGUUUUUUACUGCUAAUUGCGGGGCCAAUUAGCACGACACAUACCAAAUCGCCCACUGUACAACAGUGGAAUAUCAAUCUGAUAGUUAUUCUGUACUUUUAUAAAUCACAUAACGUGCGACAAGUUUGAAACUUGCCAAGAAUUCAGCGUAAUUAAGUAAGAUUCGUAGUAGUAAGGCCAGUGCACUACUUUUAAUAUAAUUAUACUUAAUGUUCUAGUCGGUUAUUUUCUAUUUCAGGAUCAAAAUGUGUUGACUUAAAUUUAUGACGAUCAAUUAAAUCAGAUUUGAUUUAAAUGAACUUAAAAUCGUGAGGUAUUGUCUAAAUUUAAAUUGUACUCUUUCAAAUAAACUGGGCUGCUCAUAGGGAGCAUCAAGACCAGUAAUAAUAAAGUUACGAUUCAUUUAUUUAAUAUGCCUCCUUGCAUCUGUUAUGUUUGCUUGCUGCAGUGUGCUCUGCAAAUGAGAAGGCCUCUCUCAAACGCUAAAUUGCCCUUAUCUUGUAACUUGCAUUACUAUUAAAUGAUGCCCCUGUGCAAUUAGAGUUUCAAAUGAGCUCUUACAAGAGAGAACCAACAAUCAUGCAGCGGACAUAGUUAAUUAUACCAUACGCUUGACGUAUCAGAUGAUUUAUUUGCAUGUCCUGUUCUAGAUCUUCCACAUGUUAGAAUCAAAAAAGGGAAAUAUAAUGACAAAUUUUUCAUUGUAAGGCUGAAAAUUAAAAUCAUAUUUUUUUUAACAAAAAUCAAAUUAAACUUAAAUAAUUAAGUUUUUUGUCCUUAUGCCCAUAAUAUAGGUGAAUAAUUAGGGCGGUGCAAUCAGCC